GUCUCCUACUCUCCUUACAUUCUAUACAAACAAUAAAGUUUCAUUUUUUUUUUUCUCUGAAACAAAAAAGAUUCAUAUACCAAAAAGAGAUUGAAUUUCGGCAAAAAUGGGUUGGUCAGAAUCACUCCAAGGAUGCAAGAAACACCCGGCUCUCAAUCGGUCACCGGGCGUCUGCUCUUCAUGUCUCAGAGAAAGACUCUCUCAGCUCUCCGACGACUCCAACAAGAGAAAAACGACAACAAUCCGCAUCGGCAGCGCUUAUUAUAAGAAUAGUGAUAACGAUAAUUACUUCUUCUCUCCUUCUCAUUCCUCCUCCGGCGACGGCGCGUCGCCGGCGCGUAGGCACCGCCGCCACGCGUCGGAUGCGAUUACUUUCCUCUUCAGCGGAGGCGGCGGCGGCGGCGGAGGGUUGAAGAAGAGCAGGUCGAUUGCGGUGGUGCCGAGGAGUGCAAGUCAUCGGUUUGGAGAGGUUGUGAAGAAGAGUAUUAAUAAUAUGAAUAUUAAUUUUAAUAGUAAUGGGAAAAAGAAAGGUGGGUUUUGGUCAAAAUUGAUUAAUGGAGCCACCGGGAAGAGGAAGAGCAACGAGGUUGUUGUGAAGUAUUCCAAGCAGACUUUGGAAUCUAGAGUUUGAAGGGUUUUUUUUUUUUUUUUUUUUUUUUGUUAAUAUGGUUUUCUUGGUCAUUAUAUAUCAUUACUGUAUAUUUUGGUUGAUUAGCAGAAACAAUAUGGAAUUUUGAAUGAAAAAGAAUAUUAUAUUUGCAAA